AGCAGCUCCAAAUCCCCGAGGUGAGGUAGUUCUCACCUGGAGCCUGUGUGUGUUCCUCUCCCCUUUGGCUGGGAGCAGUCACUUGGGAAUCUUUCCAGCAGGUGGCUUCCAAAGUCCAACCUGCUAGGUUGAAACCUGACACUGACAGAGACUCCCUGGGAGCUGCUACUGAAAACUAAACCAGGAACCAGGAAAUGCACAAGCUCUUUAUGUAGAUAAACAGCCAGGCUCCCUCGGAGACAGAGCACCAUGGGUAACCGGCUCUGCUGCGGGGGAGGCAGGAGCUGCCCAUCAGUUUUCCAGAGGAAAAAGAAAAUGGGGGGUCAGCCAAGAUGGACACUGAAGCAGCAGCGGAAGAAGCAGAGUGGCACAAAGGGCCGUGUCACAACAGGACAGUCGCGUAAGCAGGGGUUGGAGCAGCCUGCGUCCCCGCAGGGGAGGCCAGGCCCCAGGUCAGAGGACAGCGGUUUACAUUACGCAGUCAUCCAAGUGUCCAGCCAUCCCCAGCCACGCUCUGCCCGGGAGGUGAAGCACCUGCAGUCAGAAAACGCUACAGAGUAUGCCACCCUCUGCUUCCCCCAGGCCACGCCCUGCUAUGACCGCAAGAACGGGACCCUCGUGUGAGCCUCGGGGAAGAAGGACCCGUUUCCAUUUCACCACGACUCCCGUGGGAUAAUGGACUGUUUUUGGAGAAGUCGGUGGCAGCCCGGGAUGGUGCCACAUUUUAAGUUUAAAGAAUGCAGGGGCCCCUGGAAUUGUGUCACCACCAAUCUUGCUCUCUCCCCAUGUGCCUGUCUCUUUAUUGGCCGCUGUGAGCUUGAAGCUGUAUUCGAGUUAGAAAGGGGUGGAUGCAGCUGCACUUAAAACGAGGGUGUGGGUUGAGUGUGUGGGAAGGUAGGUUUUGAUCCCUACCUUUGCUCCUACUUCAAAAAAAAAAGUGCUGGGGGGAAAAAGCAGGUCACCCCUUAUGAGCUGGUCUUGUUGCACUUAAUUUAAUGAUGUCCUUUUACAUACCUGGAUCUCCAAAGCUGAAGAAGAGGUGUUUGGCUUUAGCACACAGCCCUGACCGGGCUUGGGUCAUCUCCUCAGUGGCUGGUCCACGUCCUGGCCUGGACAGACAGACACUUGUAGCCUGGAAGCAUUUCCCAAGCAUCCGUUACCAGGACUUCCAGUCACCGAUCCUGACAGCCCUGCAUGGCCGGACCGAUGGUUCUCGAAGGUGCUGAGCCGCUAGGAACAAUAAAUCUCUCACGGAA